GGGGACUCGGAAAUAAGUAUCGAUUUUGAUUUCAGUCAAUGGAACAGUGGAGGCAGAACGGUUGUCUGAGGUAACGAUGGAGAUUGGUAACUUAAGGCGACAGUAAACAAACUGCCAUCUCCAUCCUUGCCCUGAAGACGCAGCCGUCAGUGACAGAGCCACACAGGCACAGGUAGGACAUCGCGAUGGCCAACCCUGUGAUUUCAACACGUGAGAUCAAAGAGAACAUUUUAAAAUGUGACAGAUGCGAGCAGCAGUUCGACAGCGAGGACAGGAUACCACGUGUUUUACCAUGCCAACACAGCUUCUGUUCUCAGUGUUUGGAUGACGUGUGGACGAUUGGAUCUAAACUGAGUUGCCCGUCUUGCAGCCAACAGUGGGAUGUCCGGGAGUCGGUGGAGGAGACCUUCCCCGUGGAGUAUGUUGCCAUGAAGUUCGUAGUAUUUGUGGAACUGAAGGGAAAGAAAGGGAGAAGACUCUGCACCGACUGUUCCGAGAAGUCGCCAGCGACUCACCAUUGCCUUAACUGUCAGCUGUACAUCUGUGAAGAAGGACUGCGGGCCCACAAACGAUUUUACAAACAGAAAGGCCACAAGAUUCUCUCUAUUGCAGAAAUAUUGAAGCUCCCUGAGAACUACCUGACACAGACAGAAACCUGCCCCCUACAUCCUGGCUCGACACUUGAUCUGUUCUGCGAGAAGCCAGGAUGCAUGAAAGCCGUGUGUCCUUCAUGCGCCAUUAUUGAGCACAAGGAGCGGGAUGGACACGAGAUUAGGGAUGUACAGGACGUGGUCAAGGAUGAAAAGAGGGAGAUUUCAGAGGCGCUGGAGAAGCUGAAGGAGAAGCAGGAGAGAACCGAGUCGGAGAAGUCCGAGUUGGAAAGGGACUUGUUAUAUUUGAAUAUUGAGAGCAAAAAGUUAGAAGCACGAAUUGAAUACACUUUUACUGAGUUCAUUGAGGAGGCUGAGAAACAGAAGGAAGAGCUGAGGAACAGUCUUCAUGUUGCUGUAGCAGACGAACGAGAUCACACGAGUGCGUGUCUCACUGCCUUCGAGACAACAGCUCAAACAGAGACGGAGUACGCGGACUACUGCAGGAAAGUCAUAGAGGAGGCGAAACCAGGCAACUUUCUCCAGGAAAACGAAAACAUGAAACAGAAACUAAAUGCUCUAAUCCAUGCUCCGCUUCCUGCUAAGCCGGAGAGAAAGGAGAUCUUUGUUGACCUCAACUCACUCAGCGACAUAACAAAAAAGAUGGCCAAGGUAGGCGAGGUCAUCAACCUGGAUAAUACGAUGUUGCAGUGGAAGGUGAUCAUUGAGAUUACAGAUUCCCUACAGGAAGGAGGGGACGCGGUGAUUGUGAGGAUCUUCCUCAAAUAUAUGGGCAACUCCUUCGUCUCACCUAAGCCUGCAAGCAUGAAGGCUGUGAUAGAAGACUCCUCAGGACUGACUAUCAGCCGAGCACUGGAGCAGCUUGGUGAGACGGAUGACGGCGUAUCAACACGUAGUGACGAAGUGGAUUCUCCCGAUGCCAGUAGACACAAUUCUACAAAGACCAACAAACACUUCGACAGUAACGGCGACAGUGGCUACCAUAACAGUGAAAUGUCAGGUGAUGGCAGGGGCACAUUUGAUCAUGAGCGAUAUGUAGAAAAUACCAGUCCGACUGAACAGGAUGUAGGAAAAAUACGGUACACGCCAAUCACCAGGGACAGGACCAGUCUGAAACAUACGGGAUCACAGAAAUCUAUCGGAGCUGCGUCGUCGGAAGACCUGCAAGAGGAAGGGAAGGGGAAACAUCGAAGUAGGGCAAGCUUCAAUCAGAUGGAAAGUGUGGAGUCGAAGGUCUCCUUUAACGACGACGUGAUGACAAACGGCGUCCACACAAGUCCCCAAGGAGCAGGCAACCAUAGCGGCAAUGGUUUCCUUCAGCCUGAGUCUCUACAUGAAAGCCGAUCUCGAUCGGGAGCUACCAACAGGACGGGCAAUUUCAAGGAACAGGAAGCGACCUUUGAACUCCGCUUUUCCCCAAGGCAUCCUGGACCGCACAAGGUGAACUUCCGGCUUGGCGGGUAUUUGGUGGAAGACGAUGCCUUCACCUUCGACAACAAAGAGUGUGAUGAGAAUGGUAUGGAUCGAUCUCUUCAUUUUCUAACAUGGAAGGGCGAGUCCGAGGUGCUGGUCAAGUCCGUCAACUUGCCCCACAUCACUUUGUCGGAGGACAAGUUGAACCGCGAGCAGUGUACCAUCACCACUUCCGGUAAACUUGUCAAAUCACCUUCAGAAAGGGGAGGCUCGGCUGGAUUCAGCAAUUACUGCGGAACUACCGGAAGUCGAUGUAUCUCAGGGAAGGGCGUCCAUUAUUGGAAUGUCACAUGCAACGUCCGAGUCCUGGCGCAGGUGUCGUCCUUUGGAAAGAUGAUUCUGGAGGCCGCUGUAGCUCACAGCGACGUCUUGGACAACUCCUACUGCGUUUGGGAAACGCCCCGAGCAUGGAGCCUUGUCGUCAGCAUCUGUUCAACACACAGAGCUGUCUGUGUCAAGGUCGUUUGUAACUCCAAGGUUCUGUUUGACACUCCCGUCAUGCAGUGCGAGGAGGAAGCCACAAUCGACCUUAACAUGGGUGUCAUGCUUAACCUCGACCGCCGCAGUCUAACGUUCCUGAAUGCAACGACUGGUAACGUCAUGUGGACGUUCCACGACAUCGACACCACCAAAUCACUCUGGCCAGUCUUUGGUGUCUACAACAGAUACCACUUCAGCGUAGAACUCGGGGUCACUUCGGGUGUUAAUCUCGAGCUGAACUCGGAGGUGUCCAAGGCUGUAGAGGCACUUUUGUGAGAAGAAUGAGAAGACAGCUAUAUCUUUGCUAUGCACCUUUCAGGACAGCUUCGGGAUGAUCAGAGAUGUUCCCAAGAUGUUCAAAUAUCAAGAAAAACCUUUUAAAAAGUCAAUGUUGAUGAGUGCAGCAGAUUUCAAGGAAACCUCCGUCUGUUAGAGAAUCAGAGAUCGGUUCUAGCACCGCAAAUAUGGAGGGAAUAGGCCGCAGUGGAGGAAAUCCUUUGUCGCACUUUCGCGCACCCGUUACGAUUAUUGCGCACGAAAAGCUUUUAUAAAAGAUUUAAUUGUACUUAUACCUACAAGUGCGGCCAAUUUUCCUUAUCAAAAUAUCCAGAGGUUAAUAUUUGCAAGCCAUGAGCCAUCAAACUUCUCAGUCGAUCACUCGCAUGUCAGCGGCGUAAUUUUGAAUCACGUGACCUGACGUGUCGGUGAUUCCCUCCCUAAAAUAGUAACACAGAUGUAGGAAACCUAAUGUGUGCUACUAAAAUCGAAUGAUUUUCCGAUUCUGCAAUUAUGCACUAAACUAGUACAAGUGAGAUCUAUUACAAUUGUUUUGAAAUGAAAGUGUAUCAGUUUAUAAAUAACAUUUUUUGAUCAGUAAAAACACAGAGUGUGUUUAAAUUAGAGAUUUAUAGAAAACUCGAUUUCCGCAUAAAGGCGGACAAUUAUUUCGGAUUAACCACAUAGUCACAUGGCUCCUCAUUUGCUAGCGCUAUGUUCAUUGGUCAUUUGGAAUUGCCAAAAUACAAAGACCUAGUAUCAUUGGCUGAAAGUUAUUUUGAAUAUUCCAAGUGCAUCUAU